AUGGGACGUCCGAGUAAACGUACACAAAAUAAAAAAGAAGCAAUAAAAAUAUCACGCGAAAACAUUGUUCUUCAUUUGCAAGAACUUGAAAAGGAUAAAUUGAGAAAACAAUUAAGCCGUGCGUCUGAUGAUAUUGUUGCUACAAAUCAAAGAAAAUUUUUAAAUUUAAAAAGUACAAUAAAACGAUUGAAAGACCCAGUUUUAAAGAAAGCUAAUCAGAUCGCCAGCCGUAAGAGCAUGUUGAAACGACUGCAAGAUCCGGAUGUUAAAAAAGCCAACCAGAUCGCCAGUCGUAAGAGCAUGUUGAAACGACUGCAAGAUCCGGAUGUUAAAAAAGCCAACCAGAUCGCCAGUCGUAAGAGCAUGUUGAAACGACUGCAAGAUCCGGUUGUUAAAAAAGCAAACCAGAUCGCCAGUCGUAAGAGCAUGUUGAAACGACUGCAAGAUCCGGUUGUUAAAAAAGCAAACCAGAUCGCCAGUCGUAAGAGCAUGUUGAAACGACUGCAAGAUCCGGUUGUUAAAAAAGCAAACCAGAUCGCCAGUCGUAAGAGCAUGUUGAAACGACUGCAAGAUCCGGUUGUUAAAAAAGCAAACCAGAUCGCCAGUCGUAAGAGCAUGUUGAAACGAUUGCAAGAUCCAGUUAUAAAAAAUGCAAACAAGGUUGCCAGUGUGAAGAACAGAUUGAAACGAAUGGAAAAUCCAGUUUUCAAAAAAACAUAUCAAAUUCAAAAUGUUCGAAACAUGAGAAAGCGAAGAUUACCAUCAGAUAGUAGCCUAUGUCAAAAUAAAAAUGUUAUUCGUGUCAUAGAUUACGUUUCCCAUCCAGUGUCAAUAAAUGCAACUCUGAUAUCUUCAGUCGAUUGGGGAUGUCAAUUCCAAGUGAUGCCAAGAAUACUGUGA